AUGACCAGGGCUCUUGCCCAAAGCUCGCCAGGAGCAGAAACUGAGAUCCCAGCUUCUGUCCCUCCGACUCUGUGCUCCUCCCUUUCUUCGGUUGCCCCAGUUGUCCUUACUCUAGAAACUGUUCCUGUCCAAGUAGCUGCCCAACUCCCUUACAGUUCUUCCACUUCAUCUCUUGUUAUUCCUCUUGCUACAGAUCUUAUGACCAGGGCUCUUGCCCAAAGCUCGCCAGGAGCAGAAACUGAGAUCCCAGCUUCUGGUCUUCCAGAGAACUUUAUUACUGAUCAACCAGGAAGCUUGCUUGCUACUCUACUAGGAGAGUCAACUGCUGGCUUAUCAGGCUUCUCUCCUCCUACUUCUAUUUAA